GACAGCCCUUGUGGCUCUUUCCAUUUCCUCCUCUCUUGGAGUGUAAAACAUUGUUACUUUUAAUCAAGUUCAUUUUGCCCAGAAAAAAACGAAGGUAUCCAACCAAUAAAAUUUCUAGAGUGGAGUCACGCGCCACAAGAGAGAGUAGGGAAAGAAGCUAACACAACUAAGCUUAGUGGAUGCCACUUAACACAAAUGACAACGUUGUUUUCCAAUUUCCAUGUUUACGCUAUAGCUUCAGACAGUACCUGAAAAAGUGAGUUCGCCCAAAGACCAAAAUUAAACAAAAAUAACCAAAACUUACUCUCAUUUCUUUAUUAAAUUAAGGUAAAAUAUCAAUAUCCUUAAUUACUAAGAUUUUUUUUUGAAAUAGUGUUGUCGUUCUCGGUCCAAAUUUCAAAUUUUGACCUGAAGUCUCUUGUUUUUCUGAUAGAUUCUCCAGCUCUUGUCCUUUUUAACAGACCCUUAGGCCUCUCUCCUGCAGGUUAAUGCACUGUCUUCACCAUUUUCAUUUAUUUUCCCCUUAAAAAUAAAAUAAAUAUUAAAUAUUUUCUCAAAAUUCACCAUUUAAGAAGGCAAAUUUGAGAUCUUUCUUCUUCACAUUAACUUGAGUGUCUCUCCUUCUUCUAUUAACAAUGGCGUCAAUGCCAUUGUACUGGCAACCACCACCAGCUACGGAGGUUCCACAAGACUCAUCCUCCGUCUCCUCCGCCGGAAACUCCACCAUUGGUCCUUUUAUCGCCGUUUUUAUCGUCGUCACCGUUCUCUGUGUUCUUGCAAGUGUUAUUGGACGGCUUUGCUCCGGCAAAACCAUCUUAGGGUAUGGAGAUUACGAUAUGGAGAGAUGGGCUGAGAGUAGAUGCGGUUCUUGUAUCGACGGCCACAUCAUUCCUCACCGGCCGUCUCCGUCGCCUCCGCCUCGUCAGCCUUUGCACCACACUUCUUCCGGCGUCUCUGCUGAAUCUGAGGGACACGUGGCAGAUCUAGAUGAGACUGAUGGAGAGAAACAAGACUCUUUAGACCAUGAGCCUCCACCACAAACACCAUCAUCAGCUCAUUCUUGAUUAGUUUUUCUCUUUUGAUUCUUUUUUUUUUUUGUGUUGGUUAAAAGUUAGCCAAUGUAAUUGAAAAUUUCACGAGUUCGAUCCCAAAGCGGUCAAAGUUAUUGAAAAUGGCGCUCUAGAUUUUGUUUUUUUUUUCUUUAUGCACUUUUUAUCUUUUAGUAUUUGUGUUUUAUACCGAAGAUAAAAGAAAAUUCAGAGGAUAAAAGUAAUGAAGGGACGUAUAUAAAGAGAAUAAUACACGGCUUGCUUAAAGUGCU